CUAGAAAACUACUCAGAUGCUCCAAUGACACCAAAACAGAUUCUGCAGGUUAUAGAGGCCGAAGGACUCAAGGAAAUGAGAAGUGGGACAUCCCCUCUUGCGUGCCUCAAUGCCAUGCUGCAUUCCAAUUCAAGAGGAGGAGAGGGGCUGUUUUAUAAACUGCCUGGCCGAAUCAGCCUUUUCACACUCAAGAAAGAUGCCCUUCAGUGGUCUCGUAGUCCAGCUGCAGUGGAGGGCGAAGAACCGGAGGACACGGCUGACGUGGAGAGCUGUGGGUCUAAUGAGGCCAGCACUGUGAGUGGCGAAAAUGAUGUAUCUCUUGAUGAAACGUCUUCAAAUGCAUCCUGUUCUACAGAAUCUCAGAGUCGGCCUCUUUCCAAUCCCAGGGAUAGCUACAGAGCUUCCUCACAGGCAAACAAACAAAAGAAAAAGACGGGAGUGAUGCUGCCACGAGUUGUCCUGACUCCUCUGAAGGUAAACGGGGCCCACGUGGAAUCUGCCUCAGGGUUCUCGGGCCGCCACGCCGAUGGCGAGAGCGGCAGCCCGUCCAGCAGCAGCAGCGGCUCUCUGGCCCUGGGCAGCGCUGCUACUCGUGGCCAGGCCGAGGUCGCCCGGGACCCUGCCCCGCUCCUGAGAGGCUUCCGGAAGCCGGCCACAGGUCAAAUGAAGCGCAACAGAGGGGAAGAGAUAGAUUUUGAGACACCUGGAUCCAUUCUUGUCAACACCAACCUCCGGGCCCUGAUCAACUCUCGGACCUUCCAUGCCUUGCCAUUACACUUUCAACAGCAGCUCCUCUUCCUCCUGCCUGAGGUGGACAGACAGGUGGGGACAGAUGGCCUGUUGCGUCUCAGCAGCAGUGCGCUAAAUAACGAGUUUUUCACCCAUGCGGCUCAGAGCUGGCGAGAACGCCUGGCUGAUGGCGAAUUUACUCAUGAGAUGCAAGUCAGGAUACGACAAGAAAUGGAGAAGGAAAAGAAGGUGGAGCAGUGGAAAGAAAAGUUCUUUGAAGACUACUAUGGACAGAAAUUGGGGUUGACCAAAGAAGAGUCAUUGCAGCAGAAUGUGGGCCAGGAGGAGGCUGACAUCAAGAGGGGCUUGCGGGUCCCAGGAGAAUCAGUGCGGCCACAGCGUGGUCCAGCCACCCGACAGAGAGAUGGGCAUUUUAAGAAACGCUCUCGGCCAGAUCUCAGAACCAGAGCCAGGAGGAAUCUGUACAAAAAACAGGAGCCAGAACAAGCAGUGGUUGCUAAGGAUGCAAAAUCUGUGGCCCCAGAUGCUCCCCUCUACAAGGAUGGGGAGGCUGAGACCGACUCAGCAGGCAUGAGCAGUCCCCACCUGCCAGGCAUGUCCUCGGCAGCAGUACCCAACCCAGAGGGCCACGAAUUUCCUGGGGAACCUGUGGCUUCCCAGGUUCAGACUGAACCAGACAACUUGGCACGUACCUCUACAUCUCCGGACAGAAUUCCUAGCUUAUCUCAGGAGACUGUGGACCAGGAGCCCAAGGAUCAGAAGAGGAAAUCCUUUGAGCAGGCGGCCUCUGCGUCCUUUCCCGAAAAGAAGCCCCGGCUUGAAGAUCGUCAGUCCUUUCGUAACACAAUUGAAAGUGUUCACACCGAAAAGCCACAGCCCACUAAAGAGGAGCCCAAAGUCCCACCCAUCCGGAUUCAACUUUCACGUAUCAAACCACCCUGGGUGGUUAAAGGUCAGCCCACUUACCAGAUAUGCCCCCGGAUCGUCCCCAUCACGGAGUCCUCCUGCCGGGGCUGGACUGGUGCCAGGACCCUCGCAGACAUUAAAGCCCGUGCUCUGCAGGUCCGAGGGUCGAGAGGCCACCACUGCCAUCGAGAGGCGGCCACCACGGCCAGCGGAGGCGGGGGGGGCCCGGGUGGAGGUGGCGGCGGGGCCAUCGAUGAGGGAGGUGGCAGAGGCAACAGCAGUAGUGAUGGUGGUGAGGCCUGUGGCCACCCUGAGCCCAGGGGAGCCCCGAGCACCCCUGGAGAGCAUUCGUCAGAUCUACAGCGAACACAAUUACUGCCGCCUUGUCCUCUAAGUGGGGAACACACUCAGGCUGGAACUGCCAUGUCCAGGGCCAGGAGAGAGGACCUGGCUUCUCUCAGAAAGGAGGAAGGCUGCCCACUACAGAGGGUUCCAUGUGUACUCACAAGUGGGCUGAAAGAUGUCUCCCACCUCCCCAUCGCUCCCACUGGGGACCAGCCAUUCCAGGCUUUGCCCCCUCUGUCCUCCCAAACAUCAGUAGCUGAGAGAUUAGUUGAGCAGCCUAAGUUGCAUCUAGAUAUUAGAACUGAAUGUGAGUCUGGUGCCACUUCCUGGGAAAGGGAUACUGAGGAGCAAGGACUUACUGUUUCCCCAGAGAAUGGUCCUAUUCAGUCUCUAGUGGGAGAUGUGUUAGAAGAAGGAACUGACCAGGCUCUUGACAGUAAUCCCACUAUGAAGGAUCCUGUAAAUGUGACCCCCAGUUCCACGCCUGAAUCGUCAUUGGCUGACCACCUGCGGGACAGACCAUUCAGUGAUGAAUUAGAACUUGGUGACUCAUGCCCUCCCGUGAGGGAAGGUGAUAUCAGACAAGAACACUUGAAAACCAAGGCCCUCGUUUCUGAUAGUGCUGCUCCUUGGGUACCCACCCCUUCAAAUGAUGAGUUAGUGAAACAGCCUGAACCAGAGUCUAGAGAGAACGUACCAUCUUUUGAGCCUCAGGUCGGAGACGUGUGGGAGAAAGCCGCUCCCCUCAUUCCUGCAGUGCCUGGGAGUUUGACAGUUGAGGAAGGUCGAGGUCCUCUGAACAGCCUUGCUUCACUCUGGACAGUGCCCACUCGAGGAGGCAGCAAGUGCAGACAGGUGGAUGUUGAAACGGUGAACGUCAGUGGAGACUCGGAAGCAGUGAGUCCUCACAGUGAGUCCACAGACACAGCCUCUGACUUUGAAGGCCACUUCACUGAGGACAGCAGUGAGGCUGACACUAGUGAAGCCACAGGGAUGAAGGGACCCUUGAUGGACAAGGAUGAGAAACAUGAUGGGAAGCGAUCCGCCUCACUGUCCAAGGCGAAUGGUGACCUGAGUCUGGUUACAAGGACAGAUGGGAUGGCUGCUUCUCAGAGUUGGGUAGCUCGAGUUUGUGCAGUUCCCCAAAAGAUCCCAGACUCCCUGAUGAUGGCCAGUAGUGAGUACCAGCCAAGAUCCAUGUGCCUACCCAGACCUGGGUCCUCGGUGGAGACCACUAACCCACUUGUGAUGCAGCUGCUGCAGCGUAGCUUUCCCCUAGAGAAGAUUCUUCCUCCAGCCCUCGGUGGCAGCAAGCCAGAAUCCUUGCAACUACUACCUACAAAAAAGCAGAGCCAUGAUGGCUCCCUGGGCUUGGAAUCUUUGCACGGUCCUGGGGAAAACAGUCGCAUGGUUGGCAGAAGCAACCCCAAUUCUUUAAGGUCUUUGAAGGAGCCUCUUGUCUCCCAGAGCUGUGAAGCAGGCACUGGUCUUGCCAGGAUAGAGGCUACCCAGGCUCCUGGAGCACCACAGAAGAUUUCCAAGACAGCCCCAAGUUUUGACUCCUUAUAUCCAGUGACACAUCCAACAACUUCUGGGAAACUGGAAGAAACAGAUUCCAAAGAACAGUUCUCUUCCUUUAGUUUUGAAGAUCAGAAGGAAAUCUGUGCCAUGUCCCAGUGCAGUAAUUCAAAGGCUGCUCCAGGCAGAAGUCCAGCAGAUCUUACUACCUCUAGAGCACCUUGUUUCUCUUCUCCAAAUGUGAGUUCCUUUGGUCCAGAGCAGACAGAUCGAGCGCUAGGUGAGCAGAACCAUGUUGGAGGCCAAGGGAAGAAGCUCUUUGGCUCUGGGAAUGUGACUACAACCCUUCAGCACCCCAGACCCGCGGACCCAAUGCCACUGCCUGCCGAGGUCCCUCCACUUUUUCCCAGUGGGAAGCUGGGGCCAAGCACAAACUCUGUGUCUGGUGGGCUACAGCCUGCAAGGGAAGACUGGGCUCCCAAGCCACCACCUCCCUCUGCAGGCAGCAUCAAGAAUGAGAAAGCUUUUGUGGGAAGUUCUCUCAAGGCAAAUGCAGAGAACAGAAAAGCUGCUGGGCACAGUCCCUUGGAAUUGGUAGGUCACUUGCAAGGGAUGCCCUUUGUCAUGGACCUGCCCUUCUGGAAAUUACCCCGAGAGCCAGGGAAGGGGCUCAGUGAGCCUCUGGAGCCUUCUAUCCCCUCCCAACUCAACAUCAAGCAGGCAUUUUACGGGAAGCUUUCUAAACUCCAACUAAGUUCCACCAGCUUUAAUUAUUCCUCCAGCUCACCCGCCUUCCCCCGAGGCCUUGCUGGAAGUGUGGUGCAGCUGAGCCACAAAGCGAACUUCGGCGCGAGCCACAGCGCAUCACUCUCCUUGCAAAUGUUCACUGACAGCAGCGCGGUGGAGAGCAUCUCGCUGCAAUGUGCAUGCAGCCUGAAAGCCAUGAUCAUGUGCCAAGGCUGUGGUGCAUUCUGUCACGAUGACUGUAUCGGACCCUCAAAGCUCUGUGUAUUGUGCCUUGUGGUGAGAUAAUAAAUUAUGGCCAUGGGAAAAAUUGUAUAUUUAGUGUGUGUAUUUUGAUAAUGAUUGAUCUUAAAUCUGUAUACAGAAUAUCAUUGAUAUAAUACUCUGUCUCUCUAAGCAAGAGCACUCUUGCCUUCCCAAAAUUUAUAGUGCUAAAGCCGCCUGUCACUUAUUGACCCUUCUAGUCCUGCUAGAGGGGUUUCCUGGGGUGAGGGGUGACCCACUGGCCUGCCCAAGGCCAGCCAGCCUGAGCUUGUCUGUGUGGCCUCCAGACACCCAGAGAGACUUGAAACGGAAGCAAGCAGGUUAUGUUCUCCACAGAGGGAACGAACCUACCUGAACUAAGUAGAAAUGUCAGUCUUCCACUGCCCCCUCCCUGCCACCUUCUGCUACUUUGUUUGGGGAGUUGAUGGUUGAGGAAGAAUUCAGCCCAGGGUUAAAUAACUCCCAGCAUUGCCCACCAGGGGGCUUGAACACCUGCUGACCUCAGGGUCACAGUUGAGUCAUCUGCCAGUUGAUGGAGCCAGUGCGAUCCAGUAGCCCACAGAAUCUUUUGGAACCUUCGCUAGCCCUGCUUGGACAAUGGGGCUGGGGAAGAAGUUUGUCCUUCCUAUGAAAAUGCCAUCUGUAGACCCUGUGAGUCAGCUGUCCAGGUGUCUGCAGGUGAUUCCCCUGCUUGACACCCUCCCCGUCACUCUGGACUCUACGGGAGUGGGCAGCUCCACGCACCUAUGUACGUGAAAGUCAUUUUACAUUUCAAAGCAUUGUGUGUUUUCUUAUUUUUAUAUUUUUAUCUCUCUUCUUGGAUGUAUAAAGUGAACUUUUUGGCUUCUGUAAGUAUGCUCUAUGCACCUCUAAUGUUUUAUCAUGUAUUUAUAUGUUGUACACAGUACUGGCCGAUUCUGUAAAUGGAUGUAUUGUACAAAGAA